AUGCAAGAAUUGCAGAAAGGCUGUCUUCGUGAGGCGUCGUCCCAACCGCCGCCUCCCCUUCCACCUCCGUCUCCACCUCCGCCUCCGCCUCCGCCUCUGCUUCCGCUUGCAGCAGAGCAAUCGCAGCAGUCCAUAAACGUGCUACCGGUGCAGCCACCUAGCCCAUCCUAUUCUACCAGGGGUGCCUCUCCUCAAAGGUCAUGGCAGCCGGGCUCCACCUCCCCAAUUACUCGAGAUGCGGGAAAUCCGGACCCGCGCGAUCAGCAGCAACGAUCAUCUAGUACCACGACAACACCCCAGGGUGAAACAACGACGCCCCACAGCACCGCAGCCUCGACUAGCCAGAUCAAACCCUCUGAACCUCUGGCCCAUGAAGUAGGACUUCUGUCCCUCGCCAACUCCACUGAGCCGAAAUAUCUUGGCCCAUCCUCCGGCGUACCUUUUGCUCGUCUCAUUCUGUCCGCAUUCCCUCACGCGCAUGGUUUAUCCAACACGAACCCGACAACCCCCGGUGGGGGGAUUGCUGCUACUGGACAUCUACGACCCGAACCUUUCCCUCAGGACUGGAGAUUUGAUGUGGAUCUGAAACACUUUGUCGACGCCUACUUCGACGCUUAUCAGCCUUUAUAUCCGUUUCUGGACGAAGAGACAAUCCUAGAACGGGUUAAUCACGUCUUCUCGCGACAGUUGGGGGAUCCUUACGCCCUCUCCACUCUACAACUGGCCGACUUCGGUAAAGCGUUAUCUCCGAUCCACUCGGUCCAACUCUUGCUGGUCAUCGCACUCGGUGCAAGUACCCUGGAGACCCGCUUAUCAGUCGACUUCUCCUCCGAGAGGUAUCUUGCCUCGGCGAUCUCAGGAAUCGAUGGCCUAUCACUGCAUGAUAGCACUGAAGGCUUGCAAACUAUGCUUCUAUUGACGCUGUGCAGCCUCAGCUUCGUGGACGGGCCAAAUGCAUGGUUCUUAACAUCUAACAUUAUUGCCGCCUGUCUGGACCUCGGCAUCCAAAGGAGAUGGAUCGAUGGGCCUUCCUCAAAGGGAGAAGGUUCGGAUGGAGAGAAGCUCCAGAUUUACAAAAACGUGAGACGCGGGAUCUUUUGGUCGGCAUACUCUCUGGAACGAACUCUAGCCGUCGUGCUGGGCCGGCCAUUGACCCUGCGCGACGAAGCGAUAGACAUUGAGUUUCCAGGUGCCGAAGAUUUGGCAAAUUUUGACGAGAAUCAAACGAACCGAGACUCAUAUGACAGCCACGAGUACCCGCGCAAGAGAAGCUGUGUCGAGAUCACGCCAUACACGACGGCAUCAUUCUCUUUCCGCAUCGAUCAACUCGCCGCCGAAAUGAAACUCAUGCUUUACCGUGUUAAUAAUAAACCCGGCGCAUUUCCCUGGCUCAUUGCCACGGAAGAGUGGCAGAAAAAUGCCCACACCCGCUGCGAGGCCCUGUUAGAUGAAAUGUUCCGCGUAGUAAAGUCGCGCACGAGGCGGACUUCUGCCAUGGCCAGCACCGUGCCGAACCUUGAAAUCAAAUACCACCAGUGCAUCAUGCUGCUUCAUCGUCCUUCCCCAGCGACACCUAGACCAGGUGCUACAUCGUGGAAGAUUUGCUAUUCGAGUGCCGUGCGGACGAUUCUCAUUGCAGCCGAAUUGAAUCGAUUUUCAAAGCUGCAAAACACGUGGCUCGUGGCCCACAACAUCUUUAUCAGCGGCAUUACGCUCUUGUAUUGCCUAUGGACGUCGCCUGAAAUAAGGAAUGAGACGUCGCUACAGGCGCUAGAGAGCCAUAUUGGGGCUUGCACGAGGCUGUUACAGUUCCUCGGCAAGAAGUGGAGCGUUGCUGCGGAUGCGCUGGUGAAGUUUGAGAGACUCGCCCAGCUCACCGUAAACGCGUGGAGAUUAGGAGCGACUACUGACAACUUAUGGAACGGCAAUGAAGAGGGUGAGGCAGGCCAGUCGUCGCUAAACGCGCAACCGCCCGUAGAACGGCCGCAAUACCCCUCUGCGCAGGUGGCCGGUGGGAAUGUGGUACCUUUGGGCGGGGAAAAUGGAGACGAUGCAUUUUGGUCCCAGUUUUUCCAGAGCGAACUUGAGGAUGUGAGCGGGUGGUUUGAUCUCAACUGGAUGAUGAAUGCUGACGCUGUGGAGUAA